GGAAGAGAUCUUGACAUUAAGAGAAAGAAGUCCAAGAAGGUCCCUUCAGGAGGUCAACCCUAUCAACUACUUACAAACAGGAGUCAGAAAAUUAACUUGGUGACCAAAAAAAUAAAAUCAAUCCCAAGCCACAGAGGUGACAGUUCUGCAACCAAAGAAGGGAAGUCAAAGGAUAGUCAGAUAAAAAAUAGGUAUUCUUCCCCCAGGCACCUGCAGACUGCUACAAUAGUGGAGCUGCAAGAUCAGGGUGCCCUGCAGCUGGGGAACCGGAGAGUGGAUGUGCCUGAUGCUACAGAGAAGCACACGCGUACUUUGCUUGUGCAGAAGAUUCCAGCAGGGAGUUUGAAAGAACAAGGCCUGGAAAGAAUGAGCAACAGACCUUAUCUGAGGAAACCAUUUGAAGGUAUGAAGAGCCAUGAGACCAAACUAGAACAGCAACCUGGCUAUGCUGAAGCAGAGCCAAUAGUACUCACCACCCAGUCUCUGGAGUCCUGCACGCUAGAUGGCACAGAGGAAGCCUCUGCAAACAAAAAACAACUGUCACAAAAACCAUCUGCAGAGCGGGAAUCCCAGGAAGGGGAAGGCCCCAAGCAGCAACAUGUGGGACUUGGGAAAAGAAGGUCUUCGGGGAUGUAUGUGCUGCACAAGAGCAGCAUGGCAAGCCUGGUCCUUGAGGGUGUUGGAGAAAAUGGGUACCUGCUGUCAAGGCCUGAAACACAGUAUGAAAUGUACUGCAAGCGUCUAGCAAGCAAGAAGGAAGCAGCACAGGCACUGGGCUAUCUUCAGGGAGGGAGCAGCCAGCGGCCGCCAAGCCCAGCUUCUCUGACACCAGACCAUGAUAAACAUGAAGCUGACUCUUACCCUAACCCUCCUCCCCCUUCCCCUUCUCCUUUCCCAUUGAGGGACAAUGACAAGCCUUCCCCAGACGUAGAAUCCCCUCUCUUCAGAGAGGACAGCACUCUAAGCGCCUCCAGUGAACAAGGCCACCGUCCUGAUUAACCCUUCAGUAGACAAAUGCAGUGGGAACCUGACCCUAUAAUGUGUGGCGAUUGUAAAUGAAUGUGCAGGUUAAGGCACAGUAUGAUUGAUGCCAGGCGCUCUCCAUGGGUGCCUGCUCUUGCCAUCGACAGCUGCGUCAAGAGACCAAGAAGGAGGGUGAGUGAAGUAACCUGCCUGCUCCAGGGACCUUUGAAUGUACAGGACAGGUUGAAUGCUCUGUGCUUUGUAAUUAAAACCACAGCUUUCCAUC